UCUCUGAAGCUGGAAAAUAAAACGAAAGGGAGACUUCAAAAGCAGAUUUGUCAAGUUGUUCUGGAUCAUUUUGAGAAGCAGUACACAACGGAACUGGGAGAUACAUGGACCAGUGUCAGAGAUGUACUCACAUGCCCGUUGUACUGGCAGUAUGCUGUCCUGCUUAACAAGUUCAGCCAGUCUGCUGAACUGGAGAACACCUUGCAUGUGAAGGGAUAUCAUCCUGCUUUUCAAGGACCUUUGCCCUAUCUUCCAGCAUCACUGAAGUGUUACAUCAGGAGAACUCCUGGGAGAUUCCCUGCGCAAAAGCACCAGGCUGGUAAACUGAAAGAGUAUUAUCUGCUGAAUGCUGCUUCGCUGUUGCCAGUGCUGGCAUUAGAAGUGAAAGAUGGGGAAGACGUUUUGGAUCUCUGUGCUGCACCAGGGGGUAAAUCAGUAGCUAUACUGCAGUGUGCUUAUCCAGGUCAGUUUCACUGUAACGAGUAUGAUGAUUUGAGGUCAAGAUGGUUGAAACAGACAAUAGAGUCCUUCAUUCCGGAUCCUUUGAUUAACUUAAUAACGGUCUCUGAACUGGAUGGUAGAGAGAUUGGAAAUCUUAAGUCUGAAUUAUAUGACAAGGUCCUGGUUGAUGCUCCCUGUUCAAAUGACAGAAGUUGGCUAUUCUCUUCUGAUAUUCAGCAAGCUACACAUAGGCUAAUACAAAGGAAGGCAUUAUCCUCUCUACAAUUCCAGUUGCUAAGGUCUGCUAUUAAAGCAUUGCGUCCUGGUGGAUUAUUGGUCUAUUCUACAUGCACUCUCUCAAAGGCAGAAAAUAGCGAUGUGAUAAAUCUAGUUCUGAACUCCUACAGUAAUGUUGUGCCUGUAGACAUAAGUGAAAUGGCCAAAGCUGUUUCUCAGGAAUUCACUUUUCUCAGUGGUUUGCAACAGCAUGAGCUGCUGGUUCUCCCAGAGAAAGGGAGAGCUUGGGGUCCAAUGUAUGUAGCUAAAUUAAAGAAAAUGUCGUCCAUCUGAUCAUGCCUGUUAGUUUUUUAUAAGGGAUAU